GUGAGCCCAACAGUGAAACAUGGCACCUGUCUAGCACUGCAGGAAUCGCCUUUUGACAGAAAAAGAUCACAGAAAACAUCGCGUUUUACUCUUUAGUGUCCUCGACUGUACAAUGCAGAAAAUCAAGUCUCUGAUGGCCCGUCAGGGUCUGAAAAGUCCUCAGGAGAGUGUGGUUGACAUGAGCCCCGUGGAGAGCUUCAGGACUCCCAGCAAGGAGGAGCUGAGGGAGCUGAGAGAGCAGCCCACCGAUCCACAGGCAGAACAAGAAAUCAUUGACAGCAUAGAGGAAGUCUACUUCUCCAGCGACUCGUUUGACAUGGUUCAAUAUGAACUUGAGAAACUCCCUCCGGAUCUGAACCUCCUGGAGCUGGAGGAGUACAGAUAUAAGCUGAAGCGACAGCAAGCAGCCCUGUCCUAUCGGCUCAGUCAGGGUGAAAGAUGCAGCACUUGGGACCCUUGGGGACCACGAUGCCUGCCUAUUGGGGCGGUCAUGAGUAAACUGUUCCCUGGCAGUGCGGUGUCCCCGGGGCCCUGA